AUGGCGGAGCGCGGACAGCAGCCUCCUCCGGCUAAGCGGCUGUGCUGCCGGCCGGGCGGCGGAAGUAGCGGCGGCGGCGGCGGCGGCUACGGCUCGGCCUGUCGGCCGGGUCCGCGGGCGGGCGUCGGUGCGGCUUCGGCGGCGGGCGUGUGUGCGGCUUCGGCGGCGGCGGCGGCGGCUUCGGCGGCGGCUUCGGCGGGGGCGGCGGCGGCGGCGGGCGGCCGCGUGUCGGCGCUGGGCUUGCUGCCUGCGGGCAGGACGCAGAGCCCCGAGUCGCUGCUGGACAUCGCGGCCCGCCGGGUGGCGGAGAAGUGGCCGUUCCAGCGCGUGGAGGAGCGCUUCGAGCGCAUCCCGGAGCCCGUGCAGCGGCGCAUCGUCUACUGGUCGUUUCCGCGCAGCGAGCGCGAGAUCUGCAUGUACUCGUCCUUCAACACCGGAGCGGGCCCGGCGGGAGGUCCGGGAGACGACGGCGGCGGCGGCGGCGGCGGCGGCGGAGGCGGAGGAGGAGGAGGCUCGUCUUCAUCCUCCCCGGCCGCCACCUCCGCCGCUGCCGCUUCUGCCGCCGCCGCCGCCGCCUCCGCCUCCUCUGCCGCCUCGGCCGCGACCGGGACCUCCGCCGCCGCCGCCGCCGCCGGGGGAGGCGCCGCGGGCUCCGGCAUCACGUCCAUGGGCGCCGACGGAGCCGACGAGACGCGCUUGCCCUUCCGCCGGGGCAUCGCGCUGCUCGAGAGCGGAUGCGUCGAUAACGUCCUGCAAGUCGGCUUCCACUUGAGUGGCACAGUGACAGAACCUGCGAUACAGUCGGAGCCAGAAGCUGUUUGCAACGUGGCCAUCAGCUUUGACCGGUGCAAGAUUACCUCGGUGACCUGCAGCUGUGGAAACAAGGACAUAUUUUAUUGCGCGCAUGUCGUGGCGCUGUCCUUAUACCGCAUCCGCAAGCCUGAUCAGGUCAAGCUGCAUCUUCCCAUUUCAGAGACCCUCUUUCAAAUGAACAGAGACCAACUUCAGAAGUUUGUGCAGUAUUUGAUCACAGUGCACCACACAGAGGUUUUGCCCACAGCUCAGAAACUGGCAGAUGAAAUUCUUUCCCAGAAUUCAGAGAUCAACCAAGUUCACGGCGCUCCUGACCCGACAGCAGGUGCCAGUGUGGAUGACGAGAACUGCUGGCACCUGGACGAGGAGCAGGUCCAGGAGCAGGUGAAGGUGUUCCUCUCCCAGGGCGGCUACCACGGCUCAGGGAAGCAGCUUAAUCUGCUCUUUGCAAAGGUGCGGGAGAUGUUGAAGAUGAGGGACUCCAACGGGGCCCGCAUGUUGACCCUGAUCACAGAGCAGUUCAUGGCGGACCCUCGCCUGUCCCUCUGGAGGCAGCAAGGCACUGCGAUGAGUGACAAGUACAGGCAGCUGUGGGAUGAGCUGGGUGCUCUGUGGAUGUGUAUAGUUUUAAACCCUCACUGCAAGUUGGAGCAGAAGGCCAGCUGGCUGAAACAGCUGAAGAAAUGGAACAGUGUUGAUGUCUGCCCCUGGGAAGACGGGAAUCAUGGCAGCGAGCUCCCCAACCUAACCCACGCUCUCCCUCAGGCUGUGAACGCCAACCAAGAUUCAUCGAGCAGGCCCCAUCGGACAGUGUUCACGCGAGCCAUCGAGGCGUGCGACCUGCACUGGCAGGACAGCCACUUGCAGCACAUCAUCAGCAGUGACCUGUACACCAGCUACUGUUGCCAUGACGACACGGAGAACUCUCUCUUCGACUCCCGAGGGUGGCCCCUCUGGCAUGAGCCCGUUCCCACGGCCUGUGCGCGAGUGGACGCGCUGCGUUCUCACGGGUGCCCCAGAGAGGCGCUGAGGCUGGCCAUAGCCGUCGUCAACACGCUACGGCGGCAGCAGCAGAAGCAGCUGGAAAUGUUCCGCGCUCAAAAGAAAGAACUACCCCAUAAAAGCAUAACCUCGAUAACCACUCUGGAAGGCUGGGUUGGACACCCCCUCGACCCUGUGGGCACUCUAUUCAGUAGCCUCAUGGAAGCUUGUCACGUGGAUGAGGAAAACUACUCUGAUUUCUCAGACUGUAUAGAAAGCGUGGGGCAGUGCAAGUCUGGGGACUACCAGCAUUUGCCCGCACACAAAUUCUUCGAAGAAGGCGAGUCCUACGUCACCCUGGCCGUGGAAGUGGCCCUGAUAGGGUUGGGCCAGCAGCGCAUCAUGCCUGAUGGGCUGUACACGCAGGAGAAGGUUGGCCGGAACGAGGAGCAGCUCAUUUCGAAGCUUCAGGAAAUUGAACUGGAUGACACACUGGUGAAAAUUUUUCGCAAGCAAGCAGUCUUCCUGUUAGAAGCUGGACCAUAUAGUGGUUUAGGCGAAAUCAUCCAUCGGGAGAGUGUUCCAAUGCACACAUUUGCCAAGUAUCUCUUCACCUCUCUCCUACCUCAUGAUGCUGAACUGGCAUACAAAAUUGCACUGAGAGCAAUGCGGUUACUGGUCCUGGAGUCUAGUGCUCCGCCGGGAGACCUUGGCCGCCCCCACCACGUCGCGUCAGUGGUGCCCAACCGCUAUCCCCGCUGGUUCACCUUGAGCCACAUUGAGUCCCAGCAGUGUGAGCUGGCGUCCACCAUGCUAACUGCAGCCAAAGGCGAUGUUCGGAGGUUGGAAACAGUAUUAGAAUCCAUCCAGAAAAACAUUCACUCCUCGUCCCACAUCUUCAAGCUUGCCCAAGACGCAUUUAAGAUAGCGACUCUCAUGGACAGCUUGCCAGACAUCACCCUUUUGAAAGUGUCUCUGGAGCUGGGUCUGCAGGUCAUGCGAAUGACACUGUCAACCUUAAAUUGGCGACGGCGAGAGAUGGUGAGGUGGCUGGUGACGUGUGCUACUGAAGUUGGUGUCUACGCCCUGGACAGCGUCAUGCAGAGCUGGUUUACGCUCUUCACCCCCACCGAGGCCACGAGCAUUGUCGCCACGACCGUGAUGUCCAACAGCACCAUCGUCCGCCUGCACCUGGACUGCCACCAGCAGGAGAAGCUGGCCAGCAGCGCCCGGACGCUCGCCUUGCAGUGCGCCAUGAAGGACCCGCAGAACUGUGCCCUCUCGGCCCUGACCCUCUGCGAGAAGGACCACAUCGCUUUUGAGACGGCCUACCAGAUCGUCCUCGACGCCGCCGCCACGGGCAUGAGCUACACGCAGCUCUUCACCAUAGCACGGUACAUGGAACACCGCGGGUACCCCAUGCGGGCCUACAAGCUGGCCACCCUGGCCAUGACCCACCUCAACCUGAGCUACAAUCAGGACACACACCCUGCCAUUAACGACGUGCUGUGGGCCUGCGCGCUCAGCCACUCGCUGGGUAAGAACGAGCUCGCGGCUGUCAUUCCUCUGGUGGUCAAGAGCGUCAAGUGCGCCACGGUGCUGUCGGACAUCUUGCGCAGGUGCACCCUGACCACGCCCGGCAUGGUGGGGCUGCACGGGCGGAGGAACUCGGGGAAGCUCAUGUCGCUGGACAAAGCCCCCCUGCGGCAACUCUUGGAUGCCACGAUCGGGGCCUACAUCAACACGACGCACUCCCGGCUCACCCACAUCAGCCCUCGGCACUACAGUGAGUUCAUCGAGUUCCUCAGCAAGGCCCGAGAGACCUUUCUCAUGGCACACGAUGGGCACAUCCAGUUUACACAGUUUAUUGACAACCUGAAACAAAUCUACAAAGGCAAAAAGAAACUGAUGAUGUUGGUUCGGGAGAGGUUUGGUUGAUGGAACUUGUGUGAAUGGGAGGGGGUGGGCGCGGGAGGGAUGGUUUGUUUUUACUUGAGCCUGCCUUUGUACCUUUUUAACUUAAAGAACAGAGCCACACCGGUAUUAUAUGUAUAUAGUUAUUGCGUUUGCAGACUAAACUGUCACGUUGUGGAAGUUUGUGUGUUUUUCAGUUUUUCCCUUUUCUUCCUUUUGAUUUUUUUCAAUUCUUUUUUUUUUUUUUAAAUUAGUUUUGUAUGAGAGAGAGGUUAAAGUUAAAAAGGUUUGGUUUACACUGAGUAUAUGUUGUCAAGUGGCAAAAGUCCACAUAGCUCUCCUGUUUUCUGUAUACGUUCACAGCCUCAAAAACAAAAUAAUUGAAAUGGCUUUAAAAACCAAACCAAACACCUCCAUCCUGUGAUAAGUACCUCGAAUGGGCUCAGCUUUACUCCUCCGUAACUCACCCUACACUCUCAGCAGCAGAUCUCACAGACCGCAGAGGGAAGCGCGAGUGGCGGCCGACUGGCCGCGUGGCUUUGGGCAGCUGCUCGUCCGGAAGCAUGGCACACGACGCCUGUGCAUGUGGAAACUUAGCGACUGUCAACAUGCAUUCUCAGGGAUUUAUCCAAAAAAAUUAAAAAAAAGAAUGAGAGCAUUUAUUGUACUGUAUAUAUAUUAUAGUAUAUGUCUGAAUAUUGAAAAUAUAACAUUAACUAAUUUAUAAAAAAUAUUCUAUGUAAUGCAAAAUACUUGAAGCUGCAGUAGUUUGGUUUUAAACAAAAUUAAAAAAAACGGAGUGAAAACCUAUCAGAAGGACGAAAAGUGCGCCUUGCUUCGGGCUUGGCUCAGGCAGUGACCAUCUGUGCAGAGCCACCUUCAGAUUGCAGAGUUGGACUAAGCUCCCUUGGGGGGAAUUCUGUCCGUGUAGGUAUCUGUACGGCUCCUGUAUGCGUGUACACAGACACCCAGUUACCUCCCACCCACCACCCACCACACAUGCUUGUAACGGGCACCAGGACAGAGAGGGACAGUGGACAGCCAGAGCAGCAAGCCUUAGCAUUAAGAAGAUGCAGUACGCCAGAACUGGGGUUCGUGCCUCCUAGCCUAGGAAACCUAAAUAUCCUUUUGACACAAAACGCAAAACAUUCUCCAAAACAAUUGACAUAUGAUACAUGACGCCUUUGCAGUGAACUAAUAAUAAGCUAGCCUUUGUGCACAAAUAACAUUAUAUAUAUUAUAUAUCUCUUCUGCAUAGGUAUUUUGACUUUGUGCAGGACAGAAAGUUGUGUAGGUAUGAUGUUCUACUUCUCAGUUUUCUUUCUUUUCUUUCUUUUUUUUAAUACAUUUUAUUUUCUCUAGAAUUACUCAAACAAAAGCAGCCUUCUAUCUUGCCUUGUCUUAAUGCUUUAAAAUAACCAAACUGGAGAUCUAACUACCAAACUGUUCAUUAUAUAUAUUAUUAAAAUACCAACUUUGGUUACAGUACAGUGUCUCUUCUUUAGCUGAUGGUUCUGUAACCUUGUGCUUUUUGAAGCAGUUUUUCUUUUCUUUUUCUGUUUUGGUGCAAAAGUUGUCCAGUGUCUCCUGUUCCUUCAUUAGAGAACAUGCUAGAGGUAUGUUUGUAGGUAUUUUUGUUUAGAAGGACUAUUUCAUGCGCUCCAUUUUAUUUAUUAUAAUAGGUAAAAAGAAAAAAAAAAGGUUGUACUUCAUCUCUCAUGUAAACAUGCUCAUGAAGUUGAAAGUAAUUAAGAUUUGAUACACUGAUAUCAAUUUAUUUAUGUAACUAAAAUCACUGUUUUAUAAACUUGUUAAUGAUCAACAAUUUUUGUUUUUGAUUAAAAUUAGUUUUUUGAAAGUUGA